AUCCUGUCUCCUCUCUCUCUCUCUCUCUCCUUUUUCACCACCUUUUAUCAAUUUGCACUCCAUCAUCGACCCCUCUCCUGCGCACACAAAAGCAAAAGCUCCAUAGAAGCUCUCCUUCUUCCUCCUCUCUCUCUCUCUCUCUCUCUCUCUCUCUCUCUCGAUCUCUUCCUUUUCUCUCUCUACCAAUGUCCCUCAAUCCACCAUUGUCUCCCUCCUCCUUGAUCUCGAUCCUGCUCCUCUCCAUACUCUUGCCGGCUCUCGCCGCCGCACGCUACCCGGACCCGGAGCCGGCCAUUGUCCAGCCAUUCCAUGUGAACCCAUCACCGCCCGCCACCAUCCCCGCCUUCCCGGAGCAGUCCGACGCGGCGGGCUGCCCCCUGGACCUCCCUGACGAGCUCUUCCGCGGGGUCCGGUCCGCCUGCGGCGGCGGCGGCUCCGGGUCGUGGGGGGAGCUCCACCGCACCAGGUGCUGCCCCGUGCUGGCCGCGUGGCUCUACUCCGCCUACUCCUCCACCGCCCUGGGCAGUGGCGCCGUGGCGGCGGCGGCGGCGGCGGGGGGCCGGACCCCGGCGUACGACAUGCCGCUGCUCCCGGACGACUCGGAGACGUGCGUGGACGGGCUUGGGAAGGCGUUCAGGGAGAGAGGGGUGGAGCUGGCGAGGCCGAACGAGACGUGCGACGUCGUCUACUGCUACUGCGGCAUAAGGCUGCAUCCCCUGAGCUGCCCCGGGGUGUUCUCGGUGACCCAGGAAGGGAAGCUGGUCGGGGACGAGAGCGUGAGGAGGCUGGAGCGAGACUGCCAGAGCGGGAACGGGUUUCCGGGUCUCGGCGGGUGCUCCAAGUGCUUGAACAGUCUCUAUCAGCUCAACAAGAACACUUCAGAUUCAAGUAAACUGGAGGAGGACAGGACCACCAAGAUGCACAACAAGGAUUGCCAGCUGAUGGGCCUCACGUGGCUCCUCGCCAAGAACCGAGCCGCCUACAUCCACACCGUCUCCGCGGUCUUACGGGCCCUCAUGAUGACCGAGGAAAGCUCCUCUGACCCUCAGUCGUGCACGCUCAACAGCGAUGGGAUGCCCCUGGCGGUCGAUUCCUCGGAAAUCUCCGACAGCUCGUCGUUGCGCGCUCUCCCAUUGCCCAUCUUUUUCUUAAUCUUUUCAAUGCUAGCACUCUCGCUGGUAUAUCCGCGCUUCACCGUAUGAUCAAUAACUGUACUUAAUGAACCAUUAGCUCAGCAGAAAUUUGUUCAGUGAAGUACUUCCCAUUGUGUCAAUUUCAUCUGUUGGCUCUUGUUCUUUGCAUUGUGGCAUGUGACAUGGCCAGUUGCUAUUUUUUUUCUUUGUAGUUUUGUGGAAUAGAUAAGGUAUUUGAUCCAAAAGAGCAUGAGAAUUAAUAUCA